GGCGAUCACGUUUUCACAUGAUGCUCACGCUCAGGGCGCUUCAAUUAUCCCUCCCCACAAAGAUAGGUGGCGCGUGUUUCAGGGUCUCUCCUCUCUCUCCUACAGAAAAGAAAAAGAAAAAAAUGUCAUUAGAAGAGGCGUAACACGUCAGUCCGUCCCCAGGUUUGUGUUUCCUGGAGUGGCCGAAAGAGAUCAGUUCUAACCUGCUCCGCAGGAAUAACGGUCCUGCCUCCCAACACUCUUGGCGAGGUUUUGUACAGUUUGCUCCGGGAGCUGUUUCUUCGCUUCCACCUUUUUCUCCCCCACACUUCGCGGCUUCUUCAUGCUUUUUCUUCUCACCAUUUCUGGCCAAAACUACAAACAAGACUUCGCAGAUCGAGCCUGCGUGCUGCCGAAGCAGGGCGCCGAGUCCAUGCGAACUGCCAUCUGAUCCGCUCUUAUCAAUGAAGCAGCCGAUCAUGGCGGAUGGCCCCCGGUGCAAGAGGCGCAAACAAGCCAAUCCCAGGAGGAAAAACGUGGUGAACUAUGACAAUGUAGUGGAUACGGGUUCUGAAACAGAUGAGGAGGACAAGCUGCACAUUGCUGAGGAUGAUGGGAUUGCUAACUCUCUGGACCAGGAGACGAGUCCAGCAAGCAUGCCCAACCAUGAGUCCUCCCCACACGUGAGCCAAGUUCUGUUGCCAAGAGAGGAAGAGGAAGAUGAGAUAAGGGAGGGAGGAGUAGAACAUACCUGGCACAACAGUGAGAUUCUCCAAGCCUCUGUAGAUGGUCCAGAAGAAAUGAAGGAAGACUAUGACACUAUGGGGCCAGAAGCCACGAUCCAGACCACAAUUAACAAUGGUACAGUUAAGAAUGCAAAUUGCACCUCAGACUUUGAAGAAUACUUUGCCAAAAGAAAACUGGAAGAACGUGAUAGCCAUGCAGUUAGCAUCGAGGAGUACCUUCAGCGCAGCGAUACAGCCAUUAUUUACCCAGAAGCCCCCGAGGAACUGUCUCGCCUUGGCACUCCAGAAGCCAAUGGGCAAGAAGAAAAUGACCUGCCACCUGGAACUCCAGAUGCUUUUGCCCAACUGCUGACCUGCCCCUACUGCGACCGGGGCUACAAGCGCUUGACAUCACUGAAGGAGCACAUCAAGUACCGCCACGAGAAGAAUGAAGAGAACUUUUCUUGCCCUCUUUGUAGCUACACGUUUGCCUACCGCACCCAGCUCGAGAGGCAUAUGGUGACGCACAAGCCAGGGACAGAUCAGCACCAAAUGCUGACCCAAGGAGCAGGUAAUCGCAAGUUCAAAUGCACAGAGUGUGGCAAGGCCUUCAAAUAUAAACACCAUCUAAAAGAACACCUGCGAAUUCACAGUGGUGAAAAACCAUAUGAGUGCCCAAACUGCAAGAAACGUUUCUCCCAUUCUGGUUCCUACAGUUCGCACAUCAGCAGCAAGAAAUGCAUUGGUUUAAUCUCUGUAAAUGGCCGAAUGAGAAACAAUAUCAAGACGGGUUCUUCCCCUAAUUCUGUUUCUUCUUCUCCUACAAACUCAGCCAUUACCCAGUUAAGAAACAAAUUGGAGAAUGGAAAACCACUUAGUAUGUCUGAACAAACAGGCUUACUUAAAAUUAAAACAGAACCACUAGACUUCAAUGACUAUAAAGUUCUUAUGGCCACACAUGGGUUUAGUGGCACUAGUCCCUUUAUGAAUGGUGGACUUGGAGCAACCAGCCCUUUAGGAGUUCAUCCGUCUGCUCAAAGUCCAAUGCAGCACUUAGGUGUAGGGAUGGAAGCCCCUUUACUUGGAUUUCCCACAAUGAAUAGUAAUUUAAGUGAGGUACAAAAGGUUCUACAGAUUGUGGACAAUACGGUUUCCAGGCAAAAAAUGGACUGCAAGGUGGAAGAAAUUUCAAAGUUGAAAGGUUAUCACAUGAAGGAUCCAUGCUCUCAACCCGAGGAACAAGUAGUUACUUCUCCUAAUAUUCCACCCGUAGGGCUUCCGGUAGUGAGUCAUAAUGGUGCCACUAAAAGUAUUAUUGACUAUACAUUAGAGAAAGUCAAUGAAGCCAAAGCUUGCCUCCAGAGCUUGACUACUGACUCAAGGAGACAGAUCAGUAACAUAAAGAAAGAGAAGCUACGUACUUUAAUAGAUUUGGUCACGGAUGAUAAAAUGAUUGAGAACCAUAACAUAUCCACGCCAUUUUCAUGCCAGUUCUGUAAAGAAAGUUUUCCUGGCCCCAUUCCCUUGCAUCAGCAUGAACGUUACCUUUGUAAGAUGAAUGAAGAAAUCAAGGCAGUCCUGCAACCUCAUGAAAACAUAGUCCCCAACAAAGCUGGAGUUUUUGUUGAUAAUAAAGCCCUCCUCUUGUCAUCUGUACUUUCUGAGAAAGGAAUGACAAGCCCCAUCAACCCAUACAAGGACCACAUGUCUGUACUUAAAGCAUAUUAUGCUAUGAACAUGGAGCCCAACUCUGAUGAACUGCUGAAAAUUUCCAUUGCUGUGGGCCUUCCUCAGGA